GGAUCCUAUGUCAGCCCAGGUACUUAAACGCAGCGUCAUAUGCUAAAGUGAAAGGGGAAAUUGUAUAGCAGCUGAAUUAAGCUCUGGUUCGCGAUUCGUCAUCUCUCUCGCAACUUCCGCAGCGCAGUCUUGCGGUGGACUCAGUCUCACAGUCAGGUCACUUGGAGGCUCCUUUGUACCGAGUUGUGUGACUUCUCGGCUUCUCUUUGAUCAUUUGCUAUGGCGGACGAGGAACCUGUUGAUCAAAAGAAUUACCUUGAAGAGAUGUGCAAGCCAAAGUGUGUGAAACCGCUCCUCGAGUAUCAGGCAUGUGUUAAGAGGAUCCAAGGUGAUGAAACUGGGCACAAGCAUUGUACUGGACAAUAUUUUGAUUUCUGGUCUUGUAUCGACAAAUGCGUUGCUCCAAAGCUUUUCCAGAAACUGAAGUGAUGCGGUGAUUAGUUUUGCCCUAAAGACGGCAUUUGGUUUUUCAGUUUUGUCCUUAAAUGCUUCAGAACAGCAUGUUUUGUUCCCUGAACUAGGGAUGAAUGUAUGAUAUUUUAUGAACAUAGAGGCACUGAAUUUGUGAUCAAUAAAAAGUAAAGUUACGCUCCUUGGUGUGCCCGGUGCACAUGGUAA